GCACAAACAUUCAACCAGGCCCUAUAGAGGAUAAUGAUGCAGACGUUGCUAUACUGUCGCAUAUGGUGACAAAGAGGUCCACAGCAUUGCUGGCCACAGCAUUGAUAACUGUUAAGAAUAGUACAGGACAUUAUACAGUAUUGCGCGCCUUAAUAGAUCAAGGGUCACAGGCUAAUUUUAUUAGUGAAAGAGCAGCACAACUUUUGAAAGUCAAAGGGACACCCACUAAGGGGACAAUCACUGGAGUUGGAUCUACACAUACGGAAGUAAAUCUGGCAGUCCAGCUUGAAAUAUUAUCUAGAUACAAAUGCAAUUUCAAGCUCAACGUGGAAGCAUAUGUGAUGCCUUCACGUUUAACAACAUACUUACCGUCCACAACUAUUGCCGACUCCACACUCACUUGGUCGCAUUUGAAAGGUCUCAAGCUGGCAGAUCCCACCUUUAAUCAACCAGGGAGAGUUGAUAUGCUUCUAGGUGUAGAAGUAUAUGCAGCCGUUCUGAAAAAUGAAAUUAUUCGAGGUCCUCCUGGCUCUCCAUGCGCACAACAUACAAGUUUUGGAUGGAUUCUCUUUGGAAAGAUACACAAUGACAUUGAAGAAAAGAAAAUAACAGUUAUGCACCACCACAUGGAUUUUGAUGAACUGUUACACACACUAUGGGAGUUAGACUGUGAUAAUCAAAGAAAACUUACACAAGAAGAGGAACUCUGUGAGAACAUUUAUUAUGAAAAUGUUAGGAGAGACAAUGAAGGAAGAUACAUUGUGAAAUUACCUUUUAAAUCAGAUGUCAUACUAAGUACAUAA